GCGAAUGGCGGACAUUUCGGAUUUCUGUUUGUUAUGAAAGAUUCGCAGCAGAUUGCGGUUAAUUUUUAGGUAAAAAAACGCUCGCAAAAUUUCAGAAAUAUUAAGACGAUGAGCUCACCAAUUUCCAGCUUGAAGAAAGGGAAAAGGACUCCACUCGAUCCCAGGCAAGCUCAAGUUCCAUUCAGAAAUUUAGAGCAUGCUUCAGUCGAACUUCCUGGUGGUUCAUUGAAAAAAGAUGGAUUGUCUAAAGUACCAAAGUCCUCAAGCUCAACAAAUGUACCAUCAGAUAGAGAUCUUCUGAGCAGUAUGAUGUCACGUCUGGCUCAGGUGGAACAACAACUAAAAUCUGCGCAGGCACAGAUAGGAGAAAAGGAUAAGAAGAUUAGAAUACUAGAGGAGAAAGCUAAAUUGUUGGAGAAAGCUCGAGGAUAUAACUCUGGCACAAUAACAGAGUUAGAGAAGAAGUGUAGAAGACUACAGACUCAAGUGUUUCAGAUGGAGGAAUUCCUUGCUGAUUAUGGUAUGGUCUGGGUUGGAGAUGACGCUAGUGACUCUGAUUAUGAAGUUUUAGAAGAACCAACAUCCACACCUGCCCCCAGCUCAGUCAGCAGACAAGGAGUUUGGAAUCCAAACUCCUCUCUGGUUACGUCAGCACCAUAUGACUUUCAAAUGGACUUUGAUGUUGUUUUGAAGAAUAUCAGGGAACUGAACAUUCUGGCAGGAGAGGGCUGUAGUGAUGUAUCACGGACUAAAGAUGGAGCACGACUUAAGGUUCGCGAUUCCGUGCCCUUGGUUUUGUAUUCAAACGGCAUUCUAAUGUUUGGAGGACCUUUCAGGCCAUAUUCAGAUCCACUUACUCAGCAAUGUAUGCAAGAUAUAAUGGACGGAUAUUUUCCAAGUGAGUUACAAACCAGACAUCCCGGUGGAGUUCCUUUUGAGGUACAAGACAAAAGAGAUAUUGUGUUUGAAGACAGAAGGACAGCACUUUUAUUUCCUGGGACAGGGCAAUCAUUGGCUGGUGAGGAAAAUGCCAAAAGCCGAGUCGAGAGUCAUACACCAGGACAAAAGCAACAGUCCGUGGAUCAAUUUUUGUCACGGCUUCCGCAGUCUGUUAUCAAAGACGGUAAAAUAAUUGAUGUGAGAUCAGGAGUGGGAAAUAUUAUCAAGGGUGGAGAAAGACAAUCAGAUGUCCAAGUGCUAGACACUCCUGUGCUUCAAGAGAUAAAAUUAAGAGGUGCUGAGACUACAAGACCUCAAUCAGCUGGUAAAACGCAGGUUUCUACUUUGAGGAUCAAAUCAGAGACAGGAGAAAUGACAUACAUCUUGAAGAUGAAGUUUACAGAUUGUAUACGAGAUGUUAGAAGUCACGUUGAUGCUGUAAGGCCGAAAGAUGCUCCACCCUACGAAAUAAAAACGUCUUUUCCUAACAGAGUUUACGAUGAUCCUAACGCAACUUUACAAGAAUGUGGUUUAGUGCCCAAUGCAACUCUUCACCUUCUUGUCAAGAAAGUUUGAUACAACUACAAAGCUGCAAUGCACCUUCGUCAAUCUUGAACUUUCUUUACGCAUGCGUUAAUUGACGAUCCUCCGUGAUGUUUGACCACAGGAACCCACACAAACGGUGCGUCGGUUUGUAGAACUGAAUUUGGGGGAAAUACAUGGGAAUGUCGAAACUUUUAGAGUAAGUCGUUCUACUAUGCACUCGGAUGAUUGUCCGCUGCCGAACCCUUCGAAUCGGUAAAAUUUUGCAUCUUCAGUUACAGAAACCACAAUACAACAUACCUAGUACAUUAUUCGCUCUGACUAAGCGCUAACGCUCGAAACUUCAGCUGUAGAAAAUCUUUACAAUGGCUAAUUUACAUCAUCAACUCAGUUGAUAAAACAAAUUAUAUAGUAAUACCUAGUAGUAAAAUGUUUAAUUUGAAGUUUCACGAGUGUUUGUGGGAUGUUAUGGAACUUUUCGAUUUCCCCAUACAUUUCCGUCAAAUUUGAUACAAAUGGCCACGCCGUUGCGUGGUUUUCUUGUGGUUGUCCUGACAGCUUUGCGGAACAUCCAUCCACAGGAGAGUAAAUAAGAAGCAGAAAAAGAAGUUAUCCUUACUAACGUUAGCCUCUCAACAACUGGUCUCUUUUUUUUUUCGUGUGUAAAUGGUGUAAAUAUUAAAAUAGCCACUAAGAUAAAUAAUACUUGUAUUUUACGCACGAUUGCAGCUGUCUAAUAACUGCCGUGCUCCAAGUAGGUUUAUGCAACGUAAUGAGAUUAUAAUGAAUUUCUAUUUAAGACGGGAAUCAUUUUAAGUAGAAUACGAAACACACGGUUUUCUUUAAUAUUUAUUGAGACGUUCGUACCAUUUCUUUUUCUAUUUGUUUUAAAUAUUUGAUAUCAUUUUUUACCGUUGUAAUAAAAUUGUAUUUAGGAUGGAAAAUAUACACUAACUUACUCUAAAAUGGACACUCAAACCGAUCUAUUCGUAGAAUGAGAUACUCGUGCGUUGCUGCACCAUUCGUGACCGUUU